UCCGGGGCUGGAAGGCCAAAGGGCCAGCCUCGGCUGAAGAGCCAGGUGUGCCUGGGCUCGGGGCCAAGAGGGCUGGCCCUGGGUGCCUCCUCUCCUCUCCUCUCCUCUCCCUGCCUGCCUCCCUCCCUUUGCCUGCCUUCCUGGGGACAAGGUUCACCUGGCUCCUGCCUGAGAGGAGGAAGAGGAAGAGGAAAAAGAGGAAGAAGAGGAAGCCGAGGCGGCGGCAGGGAGGGGGGGGCGAUGGGGAAGAGGAAGGCCAGGGGGAGCUCCUCCAGGCGGAGCAGGGAAGCCGGCGCCUAGAGGGACUCGGAGGGCCAUGGCUGGGCCCAGAGGGCAGUGCCUCCUCCUUCUCUGCCUCCUCUGCUCAGUACAUGGAAUGGUGCCAGAGCCUCAAAAUGUAAGAGUUCAUUCCAUUAUGUUGGAUAGUGUUCUCCAAUGGGAUCCACCUAAUUUUCACAACGAAAACAUGGUUUAUACAGUUCAACACAGCAAAAAAUUUAAUCAAACAUUCGCUGACAUGUGUCGAAGAAUUAUCUUCACAGAGUGCAAUAUAUCAAGUAUACCUAUCUAUGGCCCUUCCAUUAUAAGAGUCAGAAGUGAAUCAGAGAAUAAAUACUCAAAUUGGGUGAACAUCAACUUUACACCUUACACAGACACAAUUUUUGGGCCACCUGUUGUACAAGUUGAAGCUACAAAACCUGGAGUCUUGAACGUACAGCUCAUAGACCCUUUCUUUACACGCAGUGGUGUAAAAUAUUCCUUUAAAGGUUUUUAUACUUCUGUGGUUUACAGGAUCAGAAUCUGGAAGAAAUAUCAUAGUGAUGAAAAGGUUCUAGAUGUGAACUCAACUUACACUUUCCAAAUAAUACCUGACUUGGAUCCUAUGACAUCAUAUUGCCUCAAGGCUCAAGUAUUUAUUGAGAAUUUGAAUAAAAGCGGGCGGUGGAGUGAACCCGUUUGUACCCAUACAACUAACAAAACUGACCCUGGUUUAAAUCCAGGCCUGUUAACUGUUAUCCUACUAUUAGUGUUGAUAUCGUUCCCUUUCUUCUCCUUAAUAAUUUUUCAUAUUUAUCGACGGAUCAAAUAUGUUUUUUUCCCUUCAUAUACUUUGCCACAGCAUUUCAAAGAGUUUCUAAGCAAGCCUUCUUACGGUUCACAGUUUCUUGUGUCCCAGUCACAAGGAGAAGAACAUACCUAUGACAAAAUAAUUGUCCUCUCAGAGGAGUCAAAAAAUGUUGCUGACGAAUCUGAGGAGCAAUUGAGAAACGCAGAACAGCAGCUUGAACAAUCCCAAGAGGAAACCUCUAAGCCUAAAUGAGGUUCAGACUGUAUAUCCUUGGUACAUGUUUAAAACUGUAAAGGAAUAAUAUACUGCUUUUGAGGGGCCUUAGUAGUCCUUUUUGGGGCCCUUACAAAGAAGGAAUUUAUACUUUGCACAUUGCAAAUUUAAAAAUUCUUAUGUUUAUGCAAAUUUUUUAAUUUUGUAGAAAUAUUUAUUCUGUUAUAAGACAUCUGGUAAGAAAUAUGUAUAUAAAAUAUAUAUUUGAAAUUUAUUUAUAUAUAUGCAUACAGACAGAAGACUUAAUUUCAGAAUGAAGGGUAGACUAUGGACUUUAUCACAUGGGGGAAAUCUUGGGAUUCAAAAGGCAUUAUUGAGGAAAGUUACACGAUCGCAGCUAAGAUUAUCACACACAUCAUGAUUAGAGAGGGUUUAUCCCAGGAAUAACCAUGGAAUAACCAGCAAAUGUUGUGUAUGAUUUGUUGCUGGUUAUUCCCAGGAUAAGCCCUCUCUAAUCACAAUGUGUUUGACCAUCUUAGCUGCAAUUAUGUGACUUUCCUUGGAUAAUGCUUUUUGAAUCCCUCAAUUCCUCCCCCCCCCCCCAAAAGUCCAAAAUAUUAAGUGAGUUUCCCUUUUUUUUUAAAUGAUAGUAUAAAACUUUAAAUAUUUAUUAGAGUGGAUAUAUAUUGUACUGUAUUGCACAGAGUAGUUUAUAUUCGUGAGAUAAAAUUAUGUUUCUUUUGUA